AUGGGUCUCGCCGACUUUUUCACUGACGUCGUUUCCUCCCUGGGCUUCGCCGAGGCUCAGGCUGAGGCACCCGCCGCCGACGCCGAGACCUCCACCCCCAAGGACGAGUCCGCCGAGAAGACCGAAGAGGCCUCCGAGGAGAGCUCUGAGACUGAGUCCGCCGAGGACACCCCUGAGGAGUCCUCCGAGGAGACCUCUGAGGAGGCUCCCGAGGAAGAGGCUGAUGCCGACGAGGAUGAAGAAGAGGAGGAAGAGGAGGAAGAGGAGGAGCCUGAGGACAUCAAGCCCAAGCUCGAGGAGGAAUGUGCCAACUCCGCCAAGUGUGCCCCCUACAAGCACCACUACGACGAGUGCGUUGAGCGUGUCACGCGCCAGGAGGAGGACGAGGACUACAAGGGUCCCAAGGAGGACUGCGUUGAGGAGUUCUUUCACCUCACCCACUGCGCUACCGCCUGCGCUGCCCCCAAGCUCUGGAGAGAGCUCAAAUAAACGGGUCUCGAAUUUCCUCUGGCGUGCCGCUUUCCACUUUC